ACCCCUCGCGUUGCCGGGAUCGCUCUCGCCGUCCAUGAGGGGAGGGAAGAGGAGGAGCGCGCGCCAUUUGCAGCCGCUGCUCCAGCCGCGCCGCGCAGGUUCCGCUCCGCAUAAUAAAAUGGCUAAUCAGGUGAAUGGUAAUGCGGUACAGUUAAAAGAAGAGGAAGAACCAAUGGAUACUUCCAGUGUUACUCACACAGAACACUACAAGACACUGAUAGAGGCAGGCCUCCCACAGAAGGUGGCAGAAAGACUUGAUGAAAUAUUUCAGACAGGAUUGGUAUCUUAUGUUGAUCUUGAUGAGAGAGCAAUAGAUGCUCUCAGGGAAUUUAACGAAGAAGGCGCCCUCUCUGUAUUACAGCAGUUUAAGGAAAGUGACCUGUCGCAUGUACAGAACAAAAGUGCAUUUUUAUGUGGAGUUAUGAAGACUUAUAGACAGAGAGAGAAACAAGGAAGCAAAGUACAAGAAUCAACAAAGGGGCCAGACGAAGCAAAAAUUAAGGCUUUGUUAGAAAGAACUAGUUAUACUUUGGAUGUGACCACAGGGCAGCGGAAAUAUGGUGGUCCUCCUCCAAGUACUGUCUACUCAGGUUCUCAGCCUGGCAUUGGAACAGAGGUUUUUGUUGGAAAAAUUCCUAGAGACUUGUAUGAAGAUGAAUUGGUGCCACUCUUUGAAAAGGCAGGCCCCAUUUGGGACUUGCGACUCAUGAUGGAUCCUCUUUCUGGACAGAACAGAGGCUAUGCUUUCAUCACGUUCUGUAGCAAAGAUGCAGCACAAGAAGCUGUUAAGUUGUGUGACAACUAUGAAAUCCGGCCUGGUAAACACCUUGGUGUGUGCAUCUCGGUGGCAAAUAAUAGGCUAUUUGUUGGAUCAAUUCCGAAAAACAAAACAAAGGAGAACAUACUAGAAGAAUUCAGCAAAGUCACAGAGGGAUUAGUUGAUGUAAUCCUGUAUCAUCAACCUGAUGAUAAAAAGAAGAAUCGGGGGUUCUGCUUCCUUGAAUAUGAAGAUCACAAAUCAGCAGCUCAAGCUCGACGCCGGUUAAUGAGCGGGAAAGUAAAAGUCUGGGGAAAUGUUGUUACUGUUGAAUGGGCUGACCCCGUAGAAGAGCCAGAUCCAGAAGUCAUGGCAAAGGUGAAAGUUCUAUUUGUGAGGAACUUGGCCACUACAGUGACAGAAGAAAUACUGGAGAAAUCAUUUUCAGAGUUUGGAAAGCUGGAAAGAGUGAAGAAAUUAAAAGAUUAUGCUUUUGUUCAUUUUGAAGAUAGGGGAGCAGCAGUUAAGGCCAUGAAUGAAAUGAACGGAAAAGAGAUAGAGGGGGAAGAAAUUGAAAUAGUAUUAGCCAAGCCUCCAGAUAAGAAAAGAAAAGAACGCCAGGCUGCCAGACAAGCCUCCAGAAGCACUGCGUAUGAAGACUAUUAUUACUAUCCUCCACCUCGUAUGCCACCUCCUAUUAGAGGCCGAGGUCGUGGAGGGAGAGGCGGCUAUGGCUAUCCCCCAGAUUACUAUGGCUAUGAAGAUUAUUACGAUGAUUAUUAUGGCUAUGACUAUCAUGACUACCGUGGUGGCUACGAAGAUCCUUACUAUGGCUAUGAUGAUGGCUAUGCUAUAAGAGGAAGAGGAGGAGGAAGGGGUGGGCGAGGCGCACCUCCACCACCUAGGGGGCGGGGAGCACCACCACCAAGAGGUAGAGCCGGCUAUUCCCAGAGGGGGGCACCCAUGGGACCACCAAGAGGAGCCAGGGGUGGGAGAGGGGGCCCUGCUCAGCAGCAGAGAGGACGUGCUCGUGGAGCCAGGGGCAACCGUGGGGGCAACGUGGGAGGCAAGAGAAAGGCGGAUGGGUACAACCAGCCUGACUCCAAGCGCCGUCAGACCAACAACCAGCAGAACUGGGGCUCCCAGCCUAUCGCUCAGCAGCCGCUUCAGCAAGGUGGAGACUAUGCCGGUAACUAUGGUUACAAUAAUGACAACCAGGAAUUUUAUCAGGAUACAUAUGGGCAGCAGUGGAAGUAAGACCAAUCAGGAGGGCUUGGGAAUAUUGGCAAGAUAGAAUUUGGCUAUAGUUCUACAUCCUUCCAAAAAUUGGCUUACUGUUUCAUCCUUCAGUAGUGAUGGGCUGCCACGUGUAUUGGGCUGAAGAAUCACUCUAUUGUGUAUAUAUUCAAGUCUUUUUUCCCUCCUUUUCUCAUAAAUGCACUUGGACAUUACUGAGCUUGCAGAUUUCCCAAACGUAGUUUGGGGAUACAAUGCUUUUUAUCGUUUUAGGCUUCAUUUUAGCAGUUUAUCAGCAAGGAUGGGCAACACUGUUAAAUCAUGAUUUUGCAAACCUUCUGUUUUUGGACAGUUUCUUUCUUUUCUUUCUUUCGUUUUUCUUUUUUUUUCUUUUUGGAUUUGGGAUAGAUUACAUAGGCUUAUGCUGUACAUAAAAUAAAGCUAGUACUUUGUCUCCGUAGUUUUAAGGAAUUUAAAAAAAAUUAAGUUUUCUUGUAUUGAAAAUAACAUGAUUGUAUGUUUUGCAUUCCUAGAAGUAGGUUAACUGUGUUUUUAAAUUGUUAUGACUUCACACCUUUUUGAAAAUCUGCCCUACAAAUUUGUUUGGCCUAAACGUCAAAUCCGUGGCAAUUUGUUCCUUGAUGUGAUUGUAUUUCCAAUUUCUUCUUGUUCAUGUAAGAUUUCAAUAAAACUCAAAAACCUAUUCAAAACA